AUGUUUGUUUCCAGAAACCCCCCAGUCUUGGGUAGGGGCUGUCUCGGAAUCUUAACCUCCCUGAUGCUUCUGGCUUCUCCAGCCAUCCUCAAUGCUGCCAAGACACCUGUCCCCCCAGCCUGUGGGAAGCCCCAGCAGCUGAACCGGAUCGUGGGUGGUGAAGACAGCACCGAUGCCCAGUGGCCCUGGGUUGUGAGCAUCCAGAAGAACGGGACCCACCACUGCGCAGGCUCCCUGCUCACCAGCCGCUGGGUGGUCACCGCUGCCCACUGCUUCAAGGGCACUCUGAACAAGCCAUUCCAGUUCUCUGUGCUGCUGGGUGCCUGGCAGCUGGGGAAUCCUGGCCCAAGGUCCCAGGAGGUGGGCAUUGCCUGGGUGCAUCCCCACCCUGUGUACUCCUGGAAGGAGGGUUCCCGUGCGGACAUCGCCGUGGUGCGCCUCGAGCACCCCAUCCGGUUUUCUGAGCGAAUCCUUCCCAUCUGCCUGCCUGAUUCCUCUGUCCAUCUGUCUCCGAACACAGACUGCUGGAUUGCAGGCUGGGGCAGUGUCCGUGAUGGAGUGCCCCUGUCCUACCCUCAGACCCUACAAAAGCUGAAGGUUCCCAUCAUCAACUCGGAAAUCUGUGGUCGCCUGUACUGGCGGGGAGCCGGGCAGGAAGCCAUCACUGAGGACAUGCUGUGUGCCGGCUACCUAGAGGGGGAACGGGAUGCCUGUCUGGGCGACUCCGGAGGUCCUCUGAUGUGCCAGGUCGAGGGUACCUGGCUGCUGGCAGGCAUCAUCAGCUGGGGCGAGGGCUGUGCGGAGCGCAACCGGCCCGGCGUCUACACCAGCAUGAUCGCCCAUCGCUCUUGGGUGCAGAGGAUCGUGGAAGGGGUUCAGCUCCGCGGACACUCUUACGGAAGCGGGCCGUCGGGGUUAAGAAUCCGGGGAUACAGGGCGGCCCGGGGCACCCCAGCGGCCUAA